UGUUCGGUAACAGCAGAGGAAGGUCCAGACAGUCCAGCUGGUAAACGGCCGGUAACAACCGGGAAACAGCCAGUAACAGGCGGUAAACCCCGGAGAGCCCUCGGUGAGCCCUCGAGCUGUGACCUACCACAGAAGAAGACGAUGGCGCCCGUGUCAGACUCAGGAGGGGCGGAGCUUUCUCUGGCUGACUGUCGCUGUCCGGUGUGUCUGGAGAUCUUCAUGGAGCCAGUGACUCUGCCCUGCACACACACCUUCUGCAAGGAGUGCUUCCUGGAGACGGUGGACAAGGCGGCGCUCUGCUGCCCGCUGUGCAGGAAGCGAGUGUCUAGUUGGGCGCGGCUCAACAGCAGGAACAACUCUCUGGUGGACCAGCAGCUCUGGGACCAGAUCCAGACCCGCUUCCCUCUGCAGUGUCAGCGCCGCCUCAACGGGCAGGACGCCACCGCUGAGGACGAGCAGGUGUGUUCUCCUAGAGUGAGUGAGCCUGGAGAGCUAAAGCAGGAGUAUGAGGCCCAGAUAACCAAACUGAGGGAGGAGCGGCGGCAGCUGGCGGAGGAGCAGAGCAGAGCCAGUGAGGAGCUGAUCAGGAGGAUGCUGAAGGAGGAGGAGACGCUGCUGCAGGAGGACACCAGGAGACGGCAGGAGGACGAGAGACUGGCCCUCCUCCUCAGCAACCAGCUGAAUUCUGCUCCUGUCUCUCAAGAGAACGCUGGUCUUGCUGAUGUCACUCCAGCCAAGAAGAAGAAGAAGAAAGAGGUCAGCGGAGGACAGAUGGAGAGGUUCUUGUGUCCUCGUCCAUCUCACAGCAGCUCUUCAGUCUUUCUGUCCAAUAAGGAGAACAUCUUCCUCUCUCAGGAGGAGCAGCAGGAGGAGCAGCAGGAGCAGCCUCCCCCCGCCAGGACUCCUGCAGACGGACCACCUGCUGCAGCCAAGAGGAAGAUCUCAGAGCUGGACGCCCCGGAGGACGAGGAGGUGGUGGUUUCCUCCCCUGGGGAGGCGCGGCUGGUAGAGUGGGAGGAGGAGCUGCUGAGCAGACGGCAGCAGGAGGAGGAGGAUCGGCGGCUGGCUCUGCUCCUGCAGAAGGAGCUGGACCAGGAGGAGCGACGGAGAGCUACCGACAGGAGCAAAGGAUCCUCAGACCCGUACCUCCUCCGCCAGGCCACCAAGGGGAGCAGCAGCAGAGCCUCCACAGCAAGGACCUCAUCCUCCUCCUCCUCCUCCUCUUCGUCCUCAUCCUCCUCGACAAAGACCUCCUCAUCCCCCUUCUCCUCCUCCUCCUCCUCAUCCUCCUCGACAAAGACCUCGUCCUCCUCUAGUAGAGGCAGUAAACAGACGACUCUGACAGAGAUUUUUUCCAGCCUGAGUAGUUGAACCCUCUCUGUCCCCCUGUCUCUCUGUCCCCCUGUCCUCUUACUGUGGGGGGCCUUCAGGCCUGGGUGGGGACGUGUCCCUGGGGGACAUGCUGACUGUAGAAGGACUCUGCUGCUCUUCAGACGUUAAGUUUGAAUUAAACAUUUGUUUGAAAUGUUUUUUUUUCUUUUUGAUGAAACUGCUAUUCUCUGAAAAGUGAAAGUUUGUUUGAACGGUUUUGUUUUCUCAGAGUACCGGUCAGAGGUCAGCUGACGUGGCCUUUAACCCUUUCACUCCUCAAUAAAGUUCUUGUUUUUCA